AUGGCUUUAGGAGAACCAUAUGAAGAAUAUUCUCGUGUGUUUUAUUAUGGCUCGAGUGACGUGAACCGUGAUGCCCGUGCAAACCCACUCGUUGCUGUGUUCUUCCUUUUACUUAGUAUGUGUUUCUCUUUUCCUUUGCUCGACCAAUGUACGCCUGGGUACACCUAUCAUAUACUAACAAUUUUAGCAUUUGCUUCGUUAUCUUUAGCAUUCUUGGGUGACAAGAGAACCCAAUCUGCUUUUAGCUACACUUUCUAUGCCCUCGGGGCUUCCUUAUCCAUUGGGUUGGGGUCCAUCUAUCUCUCCAACACCUUGGGGGUCUAUGUAUAG